CUCUGAAGCAACCUUACCAGAUUUCAUGGCUGCCUCUUCAACUUCUUCAUUAACUGUACCAAGCAAUGCCCACAAAAAAAACUUCUUAUCAUCUGCACCCAAGAAACAGAAUUUCUCUUUCCUGUCAAUUUCAAGCCCAAGAACUACACAUAGUGGUAAGGUAUCAUCUAAUGCGGCCCAGUACACAGAAAUUUUGGCUGAUGAAGAUAUUGAUAAGAUUAAGAGACUCCAAAAUGGUCCAGAUGUGCGUGGCGUUGCAAUUGAAGGUGAGAAGGGUCGAACAGUGGAUCUGACUCCCCCUGCAAUCGAAGCAAUUGCAGAAAGCUUUGGUGAGUGGGUGAUUGAUGGUCUAAAGAAGAAAGAAAAUGGACGAGCUGUGAAGGAUGUUAGAGUUUCAUUUGGGAGAGACCCUCGAAUCUCAGGGCCAUCGUUGAGUGCAGCUGCAUUUAUGGGUCUUGCCCGUGCGGGUUGUUUGGUGUUCGACAUGGGACUUGCAACCACUCCUGCUUGUUUUAUGAGUACUUUACUACAGCCAUUCACCUUUGAUGCUUCAAUCAUGAUGACAGCUUCUCACUUACCAUAUACGAGGAAUGGGCUCAAGUUUUUCACACCAAAGGGGGGAUUGACGGCGACGGUGGUGGAGGAGUUAUGCGAACGAGGUGCACGGAAGUAUGCCAAUAGGAUGAUGAAGGUGUCGGUGACUGUGAAUCCUACGAGGAGAGUAGAUUUCAUGAGCGCAUACGCCGGGCACCUGAGGGACAUAAUCAAGGGAAGAGUGAACCAUCCCCUUCAUUAUGACACUCCACUUGAGGGUUUUCAGAUAAUUGUGAAUGCUGGGAAUGGAUCAGGAGGAUUCUUUACAUGGGACGUUUUAGACAAGCUCGGCGCAGAUACAUUUGGUUCUCUAAACCUCAAUCCAGAUGGAAUGUUUCCUAACCACAUUCCAAAUCCUGAGGACAAGGUUGCCAUGUCGCUCACCAGAACCUCAGUAUUGGAGAACUCAGCAAACCUUGGAAUUGUUUUUGACACUGAUGUUGAUCGAAGCGGUGUAGUUGAUGAAAAGGGAAACCCAAUUAAUGGAGACAGGCUCAUAGCUCUCAUGGCAGCCAUUGUCUUGAAGGAACACCCUGGCACUACCAUUGUCACUGAUGCUCGUACUAGCAUGGCCCUUACUCAAUUCAUCACCAAUAGAGGGGGUCAUCACUGCCUCUACCGUGUUGGCUAUCGGAAUGUCAUCGACAAAGGCAUUCAACUAAACAAGGAAGGCAUUGAGGCACAUUUAAUGAUGGAAACAUCUGGACAUGGAGCUCUGAAAGAAAAUCACUUCCUUGAUGAUGGGGCUUACAUGGUAGUGAAGAUCAUAAUUGAAAUGGUACGCAUGAAGCUUUCUGGUUCAGAUGAAGGAAUUGGAAGUCUUAUAAAAGAACUUGAAGAUCCAGCUGAGUCUGUAGAGCUUCGGAUGAACAUACUUUCUGCGCCAAGAUAUGCAAAGGCAAAGGGUGCUGAGGCAGUUGAGAAAUUCAGAAACUAUGUAGAGGAAGGAAGGCUCACAGGAUGGGAGUUGGAUUCCUGUGGAGACUGUUGGGUAAGUGAGGGCUGCCUUGUAGACUCAAACGAUACACCGGCUGCCAUUGAUGCUCAAAUGUACAGGGCUAAAGUUUCAGAUGAAGAACAUGGAGAGCAUGGUUGGGUACACAUAAGACAGAGUAUUCAUAAUCCAAACAUUGCUGUAAAUAUGCAAUCAUCAGUUCAAGGGGGAUGCUUAUCCAUGACGAGAAUUCUGCUCGAUAAGUUCCUAUUGGCUAGUGAUAUGGAUAGAAUCCUGGACAUCACUCAAAUUGAAAGGUAUGCAAGAAAUGGUUAUACAAGUUGAGAUGGGGUUCUUCA